GUGGCAGGGGCCGCGCGAUGGGCAGCGCCCCGGGUUCACCAGUUUUCCCUUUGGAGGUUGACAGUCAGCGCGAGCUGACGACCAGCAGGAACACGCCCCUGGCAAAGAAUCCUUCCCAGCUUCCCUGUGGCAAAGCCCUCUACAGUUACGAGGGGAAGGAGCCUGGUGACCUCAAGUUCAACAAGGGGGACGUCAUCAUCCUGAGGCGCAGGGUGGACGAGCACUGGUUCCACGGGGAGCUGCGCGGCACCCACGGCUUCCUGCCCGCCAGCUAUGUGCAGUGUCUCCGGCCCCUGCCACCCACCCCUCCCCAGGGCAAAGCCCUGUAUGACUUUGAGAUGAAGGACCGAGACCAGGACCAGGACUGCCUGACCUUCACCAAGGAUGAAAUCCUGACUGUGAUCAGAAGAGUGGAUGACAACUGGGCAGAAGGAAUGCUGGGAGACAAGAUUGGAAUUUUCCCCCUCCUGUACGUGGAGCUCAACGACUCAGCCAAGCAGCUUAUUGCAAUGGACAAGUUCUGCCCAGCUGCUGUGUCUGGCUGCCAUGCCUCGUUGCCCUCUGACCCCGGCGCAGUGGCCAGUGUGGCCCCAGGUCUCACUUUAAGCAGCACAGGGGCAGUCAGUGCCUUUCAGCAGCGUGUGGACGGCAAGAAGAAUGCCAAGAAACGCCACUCCUUCACCGCGGUCAGCCUGACACACAGGUCCUCACAGGCUGCCAGCCAUAGGCAUUCUGUGGAAAUCAGUGCUCCAGUGCUGAUCAGCUCCAGCGACCCCCGGGCCACGGCCAGGAUCCGGGACCUGGCCCAUGUGUCCUGCAGUGCUCCCACCCAGGACUCCUCCUCUGCCGGAUCCAGCCCAGCGGCUGACCCGCAGGACAUGGCCCCCAAAGGGCAGCUGCCUCUCAAUGUGUACCUGGCACUCUACACCUACAAGCCCCAGAAGAGUGACGAGCUGGAGCUGCGCAAGGGCGAGAUGUACUGCGUCCUGGAGAAGUGUCAGGAUGGCUGGUUCAAGGGCACGUCCCUGAGGUCUGGGCUCUCUGGGGUGUUCCCAGGAAACUAUGUGACUCCUGCUUCCAGGGCUCCCUUAGGAGGGGCGGGGCCACCUGGGAAUAAUGUGGUUGGAGGGUCUCCACUGGCCAAAGGGAUGGCCACAAGCAUCCACCCAGGCGGUGGGAGCCUGAGCAGCCCUGCCACCGCCGCGAGAGCAGCCCUCCCCCUCGCCACACCCCAGGCCCAGCACCAGGCAGCCUCUCCCCCGGUGGGCAGUUGUCUGUGGCACUCAGCUCCCCCAGCGGCUAGCCAGGCCCGGAGCACUGUCCCCACAGCUGCCCUCUCCUCUGCUCAGGCUCAGGACCAACCAACCACCAUGGUGUCUCCCCUGUGCACCCAGAACUCCCCGUCCCGCCUGCCCACUGCCAGCCUCAGGCCCCACUCCAUGGUGUCCCUGCAGCAUCUCCACCAGCCCCCAGUGCAGACCAUCACUGGUGCCCAGUGCCCCUGGCCAGCCAUCCCUCUCACGUCAGCGGCAUCGGCCGUCACACCUCCCAAUGUCACUGCUGCCAACCUCAACGGGGAGGCCGGAGUGGGGACCGUCAGUGGCCUGUCUACAUCCAGCCCCACCAACGUGGGAUGCAAACCAGAUGAGAAGAAAACUGAAAAGAAAGAGAAGAAGAGUGGGCUGCUGAAACUUCUAGCCGGGGCAUCCACCAAGAAGAAGAAUCGCUCCCCACCGUCCAUCUCUCCCACCCAUGACCCCCAUGUGGCAGUGGACGCCUCGCUCCAGGGUGCAGUGGGGCUCGAAGUGUCCUCAUUGUCCCUCCAUGGCCGGGCAGGGUCCUGCCCCAUAGAGAGCAAGAUUCAGGGGGCGAUGGGAAUGGAGCCACUGCACAGAAAGACGGGCUCCUUGGACCUGAACUUCUCCUCAUCCCCUUCCAGGAAAGCCCCUUUCUCCAUGGCUGCCGCCCGCCCUGAGCCCAAGCCAUUUCCCAGAGAGAGGUACCGUGUCGUGGUCUCGUACCCGCCCCAGAGCGAGGCAGAGAUAGAGCUGAAGGAGGGAGACAUUGUCUUUGUGCACAAGAAGCGUGAGGACGGCUGGUACAAGGGGACCCUGCAGAGGAACGGCCGCACGGGCCUCUUCCCGGGCAGCUUCGUCGAGAGCUUCUGAGGACACUCUCCACACGCCACUCACCAGGGAGAAGGCCUUCUGGGAAGCCCAAGGCGCCAGAAGAGGGCCACCACUCCCCCAGGCCUCAGGUCCCUUCCAAGGCCCCUGCAGGUUGUGGGGGCCGUGCCUUCACCCACAACCCCCAACCGAGAGCACAUCUUGGGGUUGUUCUUGGAUGAGAUGCCUGCCACCCCGUGUGAACCGUAGAGAAGUGAGUUAGGAGGAGGAAGAUGCUGCCUGGGUGGCUCCCCGAGGUGGCUCCCCGAGGUGGCUCCUCGAGGUGGCUCACUGUGCAGGGCUGCGGAGCACAGAAUGUCUUCAUGGGCUGUCUGGGCUGCAGGUGGGGUCCAAAUUGCUUCAUUGCCUCUCUUUAUACCUCAGUCGCCUGCCACCUGCCCAGCCCCUGGGAAAGCCUGGCUGUGCAGCCUGUGGGACUCCCACAGCUCCCAUGGCUGGUCCCCAUCAGCAUUAGGAACAACACUUCUGUUGGCCACUGUCCCUUUGCAUUGCUUCUUUCUCACAUCUUUUUAAUGUAAAGCUAUUAGACUUUAUAUAUUUCUAAUCGGUCAUACAUUGCCUAUUUUUCAUACAUCUGGUGCUGCCUUUUUGUAAUGACUUGGUUGAGUUUGAAAGAAAAAAUGUCCGAGGAAACAUCAAAUGGGCAGAAUUUUUAUAUUUACUAUAUGAACUUUGGAGAAAUCCAGAAAUCCCACGUCUCAACACCACAAUGCCCUGCACCACGGGAUAAGAGGGAAUCCAUUUAGGGGAUUCAAGGUAGUUUGGAAAAAGCCAAUUUCUUUCAACCUUUACCAAAGCCCCAUGCUCUGUCUAGACAGUAUAAUUGUUACUCAAGAACAUGCAACUUCAGGGAAAGUGGCUAUAAUCGCCUUUUGUGUGGCAGUGAAAGGGGCAUGAAGGUGGACCCACCCUGAAAAAGCGGAAUUUCCCUCUUACUGCUUUAGCAAGAGUGACAACAAUUCGCUUAUCAAAAUAUGAUUUAUCACUAUUGAAAUGGGCAGUUUUUACCCCAGUUCAGAUGUAAACCUCCACAAUUUAUAAGACCUGGUGAAGGUCUUGCCUUUUUACAGUAUAUAAUUGCUCCCUUGUCGGGCAGUGUGAACCUGGGUGUAGAGACUGGAGGUCCAUGGGGUAGCAGGAGUGAGUCCUCUGCAGAUGGGGGGCUGGGAGCUGGGAGUGGCGGGGGGAGAGGUGGAAGGGCAGCUCCGACCCUGGGCCCCCACAGGUGGGGUCCAGGACACAGCUCAUCUCCACAGAUGCUGCCUCCCGGAGCCCUGUCACAAGGCGAUCUUGUUUUCAAGAGACUCACACCUUAGGAAUAUAUUCUUAUCUGUCCAGAGUCACAACUUGUAAACUCUCUCUAUACAUUUUUACAGAUCACUCAGGUUUAAAUUAGGCUGAAUAAUGAGCCUUUGGUAACACUCGCCCUGAUUUUUAGGGAUGCAAUGAAAUCCAGAAACCCAUUCCCUCGCCUGGGGUGAUGCCUCUGAAAUACAAACACUUAUUUUCAGAGUUCCUAUUUGGGGAUGUGACUGGGAUAUUUGUUACUGCCAGGUGGCUACCAGGCUGGUGGCAUUGUUCCUAUAGCAAGGCUCAUUUCCUUGCUGGUAAUAUAUUUAAUAGGCUUGAGAAAGUUCUUCUAAAUCAAGAAAAUAAAAGCAGUUUAAAUACAGGGAGCCCUGGGCUCAAGUUAAUGGCGACCAUCAGUUGCCAACUUAGCUGCCUACCUUGCACAUCAAUCGUGUGCAUGCUUCAAAUCAUGUCAUUGCCAAAAACAUGCUGGCUGAGGCAGGUAUUCUCCACUGAGACCAGAACUAACUCCAAUUCCCACAGAAUAAGAAGAGCAAAAAAAACCGACAGCAGUUAUCAUGCAACAGAAUAGACUAACUUGGACCUUCUUUCCUUUCCUGCCACCACCCACGUGGUGCUCUGGUUGACAGAAGUGCUGAGCAGCUCAGUGACUGUGGGGGAAGCAGCAGCCAUGGGGCCAGCACCCCUCACAGCAGUGUGUUUGCAAGGCAUCAGCUGGCCCAGCUCAAGGCAGACUCAGGGGUGGCCAUUGGGACUGACUUGAGAAGUGAUGCCCCCCAGCCAGGCACCCUCUCAGGAGGGGCUCUCAGGGCAAAUGCCGGGCACUCAGAGGGCAGGCAGGUGCACAACAGGCCCCAUGCUUUAGGCUGAGUGUUUCCAAACAUGUUCAGUCAGACCCAUCAGCCUUCAUGACCAUUUAAUCCGCAGACAAGAGCGGGAGCAGGCUUAGAUGCUUCCUUCAGGCCAUCUUGCCUCAAAGGACACGCUCCUUUUGUUUUCUAAGGUGAAACAAUACCUUGUCUGAAACCCUCACAUUCCCUCCUGGCCCAGAGACUUACUCAAGUUGGGUGCACAGUGGCAUUUGGCAGGCAAGGUGACUUGCUUUGAGGAGCACAGUGAAGUCCACGGCCACCACUGAGGGAGGUCACCGAGGUGUUGGGGACAUGGGGCCACCAGAGGACCGUGGGAGGGAUGUGGUGAGACAGAGCUGGACAAGAGCCCCCUGAUUCUAGUGCCCCAAAUAAGCUCAGUGGCCCAGCUGGGAAUUAUUUGUACUUUGCACAAUUCUCACACACACACCCUAAUGUUUUUGUUAAACACAAAUGUCAGUGUGUGACUUCGGAAGAACUUACAGUGAUGACAAACUAUAAUGCUGUGUUUCUGAGUCUUUAAAUAAAAAAUGAACAUGGA